UUAGUAAAGAGAUUAUUUUUAUGUACCAGAAUAUGUCAGUGUUAAAAGUGACAUUUCUUCAAACAAAAACGUCACUUAUGACACUGACAUAUCCGAUCCAUAUCGUAUCUAGACCUAAUAUUUGACGUACCUUAAAUUCCGAAUCGUGCCGUCUGCUAACUGGCUGAAGCCACUGCAUGUGAACGUCGUAAUCAAAUCGUAUGUGUGUAUAAAUCCCACCACAAACACAACUAUAUACGACACACCGGUUACUCGCAUGCCAGUUGCUUCACCACACGCGCUGGGAGAACCUUGCCUUGCACACAACAUAUACGUCGGAGUUAAGAAAGUUUAUUCAGUGUUUGAUAAUGUCGAAGUUAGUAUUUGUGUGUUUAAUGAUUGGAAUGGCUAGUGCUGCUACGUUUAGAGGGAAAUCACCGAAAAAACCAGCUCAUUUAGCUCACAAAGAAGGCUGCUACGUGAACGAGAUAAAAGACGUCAUCCCGUACGGGUCCGUGGUUACCCCCAUCCUCCAAUGCAUCCGGAUAGAGUGUGGAGGCGACAUGCUGUACUAUGCGACAUGCGGUGUGGUUGGCACUGAUGAUCCGAAAUGCCACAAGACAGAUGGUGAUCUCACUGAGCCUUACCCCGAUUGCUGCCCAACGAUCAAGUGCGAAUCCGAAAACCAAGUAUAACGAGCUAUUUAUGAGUAUAUCCAACUGGCUGAGAAAACAGGCUGUGAGAAAAAAAAACUAAUUAUAUGUUUAAAAAAUUAUAUAGGUAGGGUCAGGUGGGGUAAUAACACUCAAAAACAUCUUCUAUUCUAUUUAAAAAGAAGCUUUGUGUGUAUACUUUUAGUGAUAUUUUUACCGUGUCUUAUUUUUACCCCACCUGACCCUAAUGAGUAUGUAUUUAUAAACUGAAAUAAGAAGAUGUUAUAUGCUAGAGAAAAAGUCACCAAGUUACCAAGCCCUCCAGUCAUCAGAGGGCCUACCGCGAACCACAUUCGACGUAUUGCCUCUCUGUCACACUUACGUACAAAUUUACAAGUGCGACAAAGAGGCAACACGUCGAACGUGGUUCGCGGUAGGCCCUCAGUGGCGGAGGCCGGAUUCGAAGUGGCGACUUCAGCCUACACGGUUAAAGCCAUGGUACUCUAGACUACCCGUCACGGUGGUGCCCGUCUCAAUUUCUUGAGUAUAUGCAAUCUUAGACUAGGGUAUAUGCAAUCUUAGACUAGGCGUCUUUGAGUCUGUAUGUGUAACAUUUUAACUGUACUUUGAGCGCAUUAAUGAGCGCUUUUUAACAAUUGUUCGAAUUUAGCUUGUGAAAAGUUAAUUAUUAGUGGGUACAUAUUUGUUCUACACGACAUCGUGUAUUAUAUUUUGGCUCCUUGCAUUACGAAUUAUUCACAUUGUAUAAAAUUUAGUCUAAUUCUUAGAUCGUUUUCACAUUGCCAGAUCUGAUGUCAGAUUUCGGAUUACCACGAAGAAGGAAAAUUUAAAAAGAGACUUUUUAUAUUUAUUUAAUCAUUCAAUUCAUACAAAACAAGCUCAAGCUCUCGUUUAAGCGCAUGUUACGCAAGCACUUUUUCGACAAGCUCACUGGUUAAUUGUCCAUCGUAGUCAUAGUAUUUUUUGCACUGGGUACAUAAAUUAAUAUAUAUGUAUGUAUAUUUAAUUAUAGCAUAUUUAUGUAAGUUUAUUAGUGUUAGUAUAUAUUAUUGUUUUUUUUUCGUUUAAUGCCUGCACGUGCUACUGUUUCUGUUUAGCUUGAUGGUUGACUGGUAGAGAAUGCUUUUAGGCAUUAAGUUCGCCAUUUGUACGUUAUUUGUUAUAUUGUGCAAUAAAGUUUAAAUAAAUAAAUAAAACAAAGUUAAUAGCUGCUAGAUAUUUUAUUUUUGUAUUGACAAAAAUAAAAUAUCUAGCAGCUAUUUUAUUCCACGGUUCAUCCGAUAUCUGAUCGAAUAAUGUGAAAAUUAUUGCAGUACUAUUAUCGAGCCAAAUGGAACAGCUUAAUAAGACUUCACUUUGUCCGGCACUCUGAGGCCAAUUCGAACUUACACCUGGCAUCAAAACGAUAUCAAGUAAUUUCAUUGUGUUCUCAUUAGCUCGCGCUUAUGCAUGCACGGACAUGUCCGAGCGAAAUGAACAAGCGAAUUAACGCGGCCGGAUACGAACUUUAAGAUAGGUACGUCAAAAAUUCCUAAAGAUACGAUAAUGGAUUGGAUAUGUCAGUGUCAAACGUGACGUUUUUGUUUAAAGAACAACAAAUGUUUGACGUAUCUUAAAAAUUGAAUCGGGCCGUCACUCGCAUCAAUUAGAGACAUCGUUUUGAUGUCAGAAGCAAAUCCGAAUUGGCCUAGCUAUUACUCCAUGCUUUUGCGUUUAGUGCGUAUCAAAAUCUUAUUACUCACGUUUUGAUUGCAAAUAGCGGUGUAGCCCGAUGUCAUUUUAGGCUUUCACAAAAUGGACUGCUUUAGUGUGUUCGAGUGUAUUUGCCAUCAAAGGGCGAGUCAAAAAGCUAUGAUACAGAUUGGACCGUUUUGCUGUUGACUUGCGUUUUGAUAUCCAUUUGGAGGGGUUUAUUCUCGAAUGUGUAUUUGAAGCUCAAUUAUAACGUUACGUUUACAUCCAACUGAUAUUGAUCAACACACUACUGCAUAUGACUGCACUGCACCCCUGCAUAUGAAAAAUAUCUUUUUGGGUAAUCUAGCCUAGAUAAAAUGGCGCUGAUUGCUGUUGUUUAUUUAGUGUUGAGUUUUGCAGGCCAAUUCCAACAAUAUUAUGUAAUACUGGUCUAACGUGGAUCUGACAUCAUUGCAAUAUGAGAUGGUUCCAAUCUCCUUUAGUCCUGCUGAAUUGUGCAUGAUGUCAACCUUCAGCCAAAAACGUCACUUUAGAGAACCUGCUGAAUUGUGCAUGAUGUCAACCUUCAACCAAAAUCGUCACUUUCGACAUUGACACAUCAGUAUCAUAUUGGAAUUAGAUUUUGAGAAUGAGGUUUCAGAAUAACAUUUCUCUGAUUAAAUGGCCUACCAUGGCCAGAUUCAUUUUGUGGUCUUCAUUAUGAAGUCCAUAUUGGUUUUACUGUUGAAAUAACCUAUAGGUACAGUCACGGGCUUUAUUGGUUGGGCCGUUGAGGGUUCACUUUACAUUGGCCAUCAUACCGUUAAUAUAGACAAACAAUUUAGCUUGAACCCUAAAUGGGUCAUCAAUCCUAAUUAACAUACAAAGUACAAACUUUACUGUAUUUAAGGAAGUACAUAAAAAUUACUUACCCCCUUAUUCAUAAACGUCUACUAAAGUUGACAAGCCGCUAAUAAUCGUUUGUCCCUUUCCAACGUAUUGGUAUGAUGGCAAGGGACAAAUGAUUAUUAGCGGCUUGUCAACUUUAGUAGACGUUUAUGAAUAAGGGGGUUAAGGUGUGGUGGGGUAAGACUAUCUCCGGGACAAGACUAACAAUUAGUUCGUUAUUUAGUUAGUUCGUCUGGGCAUUUUCCUAAAAUCUACAACCAUUGUGCCUAUUGCGUAAAACGAGGUAGCACUACUCUAACCACUCUAGUUUGUAGGGAAAUACAAACACUUGUAGGGAAUCUUCAUACUGUCAGUCUUGCCCCGAUCAAAAUAAACUGUUCGUCUUAGGACCUUACCUUCUACAAAUUAAAUCUGAAACGAAACGAAACCUAUCUUAACCUAUGGAAUUUAAAUUGUAUCUACAAACAGUGUUGGCCGAAAUUUAAUUAGAAUUAACCAAACUAACUACUAAAACCACCAUUACAAAUUGAACCGUGAACUGUUUACGAUUCAAUAUGUAAUGGGUAAUGGUCAAUUCUAAUUAGCGUUCGGCCAACACUGUCUACAAAUAUCCUCCUAAGAAUGACCGCUUUUGCUCGCUGAACGGCGAUGCCAAUGCGCUGAGCGAGGAACGAGCCAGCCUUACGAUCGCUAGUGGAGCGGAUGAGGAGACAUUUACAUUUUUGACAAAGAUUUGGACAGUGCAUCAACAAUUAGUCGGUGACCGUACUUAUACCGUUUAACUGAGGCAAUUAGUAGGCAGUUAAAAUCAGCUACGGACCGAUAAAGGCUUGGUUGAAUGAAGCUGUUUUGUAUUAUGUUAAUGACGUAAAAAUGUAACAAAAACUAACCUGUCCCCGCAACUCCUCCUGGGAUAAGUGGUAGGCUGAUUAGGUAGAGAAAACUGUUUUAAAGUUUGCUUAUUAAUUGUGUAGUAUAAUUUUUGUAAAGCAUUUGUUUGACACACUAACUUAUUUGUUUUUUUAUAGCCCGUUAUAGUGUCCCAUUGCUGGGCAAAGGCCUCUCCCCAUCUUGAUUCCCACAAACCCCAUUGUUGAGCUUUUUCCGACCACUUACUGAUGAAGGUGUCUAGGUCGUCCCGCCAUCUCCGUCUGGGCCUGCCACGUCCGCGCUUAACUUGGGGCAUCCACUUGGUGGAUAUAUUAUUAUCUUAAUUGAUAUUUAUGAAAAAUUUAUUGGAAAGUGUCUGUUUUUAAUUUGCUUUAGCCGAUCAAAAAUGUAAGGUUAAUGAGGGGAAACCGGCAUAUAAUUUGUUUGGAUGGAAAGACCGUUAUAUGGAAAGAACUUUCGUAUUUGUAGACUUCGCUCAGAUACUGUCAGAAAGGAAGAGCUUUGCUGUUUCUGCUCUACCGAACUUCUAUACCUGUACAAACGCGGAGUAAGAAGUGACGAAAGAGCUUGUAGACGGUCUUACCUGAUAAACGGUCUUCUCCACAUUGCCUUAUAUCAAUUUAAUAAAAAAAUUGUCAUUAAAAGUUUCUGUAAAAUUGUAUAUUGUUUUAUAUGAUUAUUUGACCAUUGAAAAAAAAUGUGUUACCAGUUGGAAUACUCGUGUAAUUAAUUGGAAUUAAAAGAGUUCCUUAUUA